UUAAAAGCCCUUUAGAGUAAAGCAUCUCUUUCUGUCUCAAUUCCUUGUUAUUUCUCCAUGGCACUCACCUCCAACUUCCUUCAUUCUCUCGAUUUCUUUGAUCCCAAUAACAAAACCCACUUUCUUCUCACUCUCUUUGCCGGUUUUCUACUUCUUCUCUAUGUCAAAUUUUCGCGGCGGCGCAUCCACCUACCACCGGGUCCCCCCGGCGUUCCUCUCCUCGGAAAUCUGCCGUUUCUAGACCCUGAACUUCACUCUUACUUUACGGAAUUGGGCAGAAAGUACGGCCCAAUUGUUAGGCUGCAAUUGGGUGGAAAGAUUGGUAUAAUCGUCAACUCAUCAUCCCUUGCACGUGAGGUGUUAAAGGAUCACGAUAUCACUUUCGCCAAUCACGACGUUCAUGAGGCUGGUCGAGCCGCCACUUACGGCGGUUCUGACAUAAGUUGGGCCCCCUACGGACCCGAAUGGCGGAUGUUGAGAAAAGUUUGUACGAUCAAGAUGCUUAGCAACGCCAGCUUGGACUCUGUAUAUGAGCUCCGCCGUAGAGAGGUUAGAAACACGGUGGCUCAUUUGUACAGGCGAGCUGGGUCGGCGGUGAACGUGGGAGAGCAGGGGUUUUUGACGAUUUUCAACGUGGUUACGAGCAUGUUGUGGGGUGGUUCAGUGGAAAGCGAUCAAAGCAGGGAUAACAUUGCGGCUGAGUUUAGAGAGACGAUUUCAGAAAUAACUAAGCUUCUUGGUCAGCCCAAUGUCUCCGACUUCUUUCCGAGUUUAGCUCGUUUUGAUCUUCAAGGAAUUGAGAAGCAGAUGGUUAAGCAUGUCCUGAAAUUGGACACCAUUUUUGAAAAGAUGAUUGAUGAACGAGUGAGAAUGAAAGACGUUAAUGAGAGUGUAAAGAAAAAUGAUUUCUUGCAGUUCUUAUUAACUGUCAAAGACGAAGGCGAUUCCAAAACUCCUCUCACCAUGGUUCAACUUAAAGGUUUACUAAUGGAUAUGGUGACUGGUGGAACAGACACAUCCUCAAACACAGUUGAAUUCGCAAUGGGGGAAAUGAUGAAGAACCCAAAAAUCCUAGAAAAAGCAAAGGAAGAACUUUGUGCUGUGGUUGGAGAACAGAGGAUGGUAGAAGAAUCCCAUAUACAGAGUUUGUCAUAUCUUAAAGCCGUAAUGAAAGAAACGUUGCGUCUCCAUCCAAUUCUGCCGCUGCUAAUUCCACACUGUCCCAGCGAGACCACCGUCGUCUCCAAUUACACAAUCCCAAAGGGCUCUAGAGUGUUUGUCAACGUCUGGGCAAUCCAACGAGACCCUAAUGAAUGGGAAAAUCCAUUGGUGUUCGACCCAGAGAGGUUCUUGAAUGGUAAAUUCGAUUUCAGUGGGAGUGAUUUUCGUUAUUUCCCAUUCGGGUCCGGCAGAAGAAACUGUGCAGGGAUAGCUAUGGCGGAAAGAACUGUAAUGUAUUUGCUUGCUACGCUUUUGCACUCAUUCGAUUGGAAAUUGGAAGAAGGUGAGAAGAUUGAAGUAGAGGAGAAAUUUGGGAUUGUUUUAAAGAUGAAGAAGCCUCUUGUUCUCAUCCCAAGGCCUAGACUAUUAGACCCUACUCUGUAUGAGUAAACAAAUUGGCUCUGCUUCCGCCAUUGUUGUUUUUAACUUAAAGCUUGCAAAUUAUGUGUACUCUCAUAUAAAAACCGGGAGGUCUAUUAUAAGAUUAAUUGAAAAUUAAAACUUUAUAAUAAUUGUAUUGACUAAUUAAUAGUAGUAGCAUUAGAAAUAAAAGAAUGCUAGGUUGUACGAUA